AAAGCGGUGAAACCCCGAUAUCAUAUUGAGAACAGUGCUGUUACAAGUCUGGCGAUGUGAACGAGCGAAGCGGUGCGUCGAGAGUAGUACGUAUGCGAAUGAAUAUACACGCCGAAGACGAGGAACAUUAUAUGGACAUUUUGGUAAUCCAGCUUCGGUCAGAAUCAGCAGAAAAAGACAAGAAAUUAGAUACAUAUCAUGCACUAAAUUCCUUAGACAGAAAGGUACAAUUGAAGCGUCCUGGGGAUCCCUAAACCACGAAGAAUGAUGCAAACAAUAUAUCACCUAAAAUAUGCUUGCGCGUCGGAGUCGACCCUCCGUCGAUAUGCCGCAUUCAGAAAGAGAAUUGCAUCGCCUUCUUGAUCGAUGUCCACUUUGACUCGCGCCUUUCACUCCCAGGAACGAAGAGGUCCCACCU